UAAAGUUUCUAUUGGAGCCCAAAUCAAACCGAACCGAAUCUGCUGCCAGAUUCUCAUCAAUGUUUUCCAACAAGCCGAGCCGUUUGGACUUUUACAUCAGCGGGACAUCGGUCGGUCGGGUCACCGUGACGUCAUAGCCCCGGUGUGGUGCCGCAGGUUCGGUGGGUUGGACUGUCGGCCUGGGAGGUUCCGAGCGGCAGGAGGAGGAUCUGCUGCCUGACAGUCGGAGCCCCGAGUCGGUCAGAGCGCACAGCACAGCGGCGCUGCUGCAGACCGGACCGAACCGAGCCGAGCCGAGCCGAACCGCUGCCUGAUGCCUCGCGUCGCUUCACCUCUACAGGAACUUUGUGGGUUUUGGGGAAUCCGAACCUGUGGUGGAAACGCGCCGCUCAUGUUCCGGUGGCAUGAAUUUGGACAGAAUCUCGGAGGCCGUGAGAGCCGCGCCGCCCCGUGACGUGGCCGCCGCGUUUCAUUUACAGAGACCAGCGGAGGCCGGACGGGUUCUGGAGAACUCCAGCAGCGAGUCGUCAGACGCAGAGCUGGCAGACAAGGAGCGCAGCGCGGAGCAGCGCAGCGAUGACGGCAGCGCCGACGACCCGAAGAAGAAGAAGCAGCGGCGGCAGCGGACUCACUUCACCAGCCAGCAGCUGCAGGAGCUGGAGGCCACGUUCCAGAGGAACCGGUACCCGGACAUGAGCACCAGGGAGGAGAUCGCCGUCUGGACCAACCUGACCGAGGCCAGGGUUCGGGUGUGGUUCAAGAACCGCCGGGCCAAGUGGAGGAAGCGGGAGCGGAACCAGCAGAUGGACCUGUGCAAGAACAGCUACCUGCCGCAGUUCAGCGGCCUCAUGCAGCCCUACGAAGACAUGUACCCGACCUACACCUACAACAACUGGACCAACAAGGGCCUGGCCCCGGCGCCGCUGUCCACCAAGAACUUCACCUUCUUCAACUCCAUGAGUCCGCUCACCUCGCAGUCCAUGUUCUCCGCGCCGAACUCCAUCUCCUCCAUGAGUAUGGCGUCCGGCAUGGGCCACUCCGCGGUGCCCGGCAUGGCGGCCCCGGGCCUCAACAACAUCAGCAACCUGAACGGCAUCGGAACCUCUGGCAUCAACUCGGCCAUGUCGUCCUCCGCGUGUCCGUAUGGCCCUCCCGGCUCGCCGUACAGCGUUUACCGGGACACGUGCAACUCCAGCCUGGCCACCCUAAGACUGAAGUCCAAGCAGCACCCGACGUUCGGCUACAGCGGCCUGCAGAGCCCCGGCUCCAGCCUCAACGCCUGCCAGUACAACAGCUGACGGGCCGCGGGGCCCCGAACCGACCCGCAGGAUCCGCAUCUCACCCCGAACCCGCACCCGAACCGACCCGGAUCCCUGCGCUCAACUUUUCCCUGAGAGAAAAAAGGAUGCUGCGGGUUGAAACAUCCGGGAUCCUUUUCUAAAUAAUGAAGACGUGUUUCUGCUGCACUGUACAUAUUUCACUGUAAAUACAAACUGGGAUUCUGGUUCCGGUACCGGCGGAGCUGCUUGGUGGCUCCAUGUCGUAGCGACGCACUUAAACUAUUCAAAACCAAAAAUUAUAAAAAUACUCCAAAUAUUUCAUUUGAUAUUUUCAGGAAUAUUUUUUUCAUCCGUUUCGUUUCUGAUGAGCAGAAAUUGAUCAGCAGCUGGUUCCGUUUCGUACCUGGAAAAAGAACAUCGCGCCAAAAAAACGACUAAAAAAUAACAAGAAGAAAAAUGACCCACGGAGCAAAAACCCAGAAUCCAUUUGGAAAUGACAGGUACGAAACGGAGCCACAAGUUUUGCUCGUUGUUCGUUUUUGAAUUAAAUUUUCAAUUCAUAAAAAAUAAAAAGACAGAAAAUGUCGGAGGUGAAAUGAA